AGCUCCGCCUCCGCCCGUUCGGGAACACCCUGAUAAAGGCAGGUGCGGGCAAGCGGCAGGACCCCAGCUCGAAGCAUCUGCCCAGGCACGGAGCCCCUGACCCCUCCCCGGCCACCCCGUGCAAAGCGGCACCCGAGGCGGGCGGCGCAGCCCGGCCGGCCGUGGCGGGGAAGGCGCGGAGCCUCCGCCGCCCGCGGAGCGCACCCGUGUCCGCGUCCCGCCGGCCGCAGCCCGCGGUCGCGCCUCUGCGAAGGGACAAGGACCUCGCCCCCCGAGGACCUCCGAAGAGGCGGGAUUUCUCCGGGAAGGGGAAGCAGGAUUUUUCUUGUGUGGCUUGGAGAUGGGGCAGGUAUCUGGAGUGGGGUUCCUCCUGGGGCUGAUGGCUCUCCCAGCGGCGCUGGGACAGAGAAGCUCGGGAAGCUCCAAAAAUAGCAGCCAGCCUCAAAGCUUUGCCAUCGUCUCUUUCCAAUGGAACCACGUCAAGGAACCUUAUAUCAUUACACUCUGGAUACUUGUGGCCAGCUUGGCCAAAAUCGUUUUCCACUUGUCCCACAAAGUCACUCGUGUGGUUCCAGAGAGUGCUCUCCUGAUUGUUCUUGGUCUCGUCCUCGGUGGCAUUGUAUGGGCAGCGGACCACAUUGCCUCCUUUGCCCUGACACCAAUUGUAUUUUUCUUCUAUCUGCUGCCCCCCAUUGUUUUGGAUGCUGGAUAUUUUAUGCCAAAUAGACUGUUCUUUGGAAAUCUCGGUUCCAUCCUUUUGUAUGCUGUCAUUGGGACAGUCUGGAACGCUGCCACAACCGGUUUAUCUCUCUAUGGUGUCUAUCAGACAGGAAUAAUGGGCCAUCUGAAUAGUGGACUGCUAGACUUCCUCCUGUUUGGCAGCUUAAUUGCCGCUGUGGAUCCUGUAGCUGUUCUGGCAGUGUUUGAAGAAGUCCAUGUCAAUGAAGUUCUAUUCAUCAUUGUUUUUGGAGAAUCGCUUCUGAAUGAUGCUGUAACUGUGGUGCUGUACCAUGUGUUUGAGACUUUUGUCGCAAUAGGUCCAGAGAAGGUGACAGGAAUUGAAUGUGUCAAAGGCGUAGUGUCAUUCUUUGUGGUGAGCCUGGGUGGGACACUGGUUGGCAUUUUCUUUGCGUUCCUGCUCUCAUUGGUCUGUCGUUUCACCAAGCACGUGAGAAUCAUUGAACCUGGAUUUGUGUUUAUCAUUUCCUACCUGUCCUACCUCACAGCAGAGAUGCUUUCUCUUUCUUCUAUCCUUGCGAUAACUUUCUGUGGCAUCUGCUGUCAGAAAUAUGUCAAGGCUAAUAUAUCUGAACAAUCUUCUACAACUGUAAGAUAUACUAUGAAAAUGAUGGCCAGCGGAGCAGAAACUAUUAUCUUCAUGUUCCUGGGAAUUUCAGCUGUAAAUCCAGACAUCUGGACUUGGAAUACAGCUUUUAUUCUCUUGACUCUGGUCUUCAUCUCAGUAUAUAGAGUUAUUGGUGUAGUUUUACAGACAUGGAUUCUUAACCACUACAGAAUGGUCCAGUUGGAGAUAAUAGACCAGGUGGUGAUGUCAUAUGGUGGACUACGUGGAGCAGUAGCUUUUGCUCUGGCUGUACUUCUGGAUGACACAAAAGUGAAAGAGAAAAACCUGUUUGUCAGCACUACUAUCAUUGUCGUGUUUUUUACUGUUAUCUUCCAGGGACUGACUAUCAAGCCUCUGGUACAGUGGCUGAAAGUGAAGAAAACUGAACACAGAGAGCCUAAACUGAAUGAGAAACUUCAUGGCAGAGCCUUUGAUCACAUUCUUUCUGCUAUAGAAGACAUUUCUGGACAAAUAGGACACAAUUAUCUGAGAGACAAGUGGUCCAAUUUUGAUAGGAAAUUCCUCAGUAAAGUACUGAUGAGAAGGUCUGCUCAAAAAUCAAGGGACCAGAUCCUUAAUGUUUUCCAUGAACUCAACUUGAAGGAUGCAAUUAGCUAUGUGGCUGAGGGAGAACGUAGAGGUUCCUUGGCAUUUAUACGUUCUCCAAGUACAGAUAACAUGGUAAAUGUGGAUUUCAGCACCCCACGCCCAAGUACGGUGGAAAGCUCCGUCUCUUAUUUGCUGAGAGAAAAAGCUGGACCAGUUUGCCUUGAUAUGCAAGCUUUAGAGCAGAGGAGGAAAAGUAUCCGGGACACAGAAGACACAGUUGCUCAUCACACCCUACAACAGUACCUGUAUAAACCCAGGCAGGAGCACAAACACCUGUACAGUCGACAUGAGAUCAUGCACAGUGAAGAUGACAAACAAGACAAGGAGAUUUUCCAUAGGACAAUGAGGAAGCGCUUAGAAUCUUUCAAGAGUACCAAACUAGGAAUAAACCAUUCCAAGAAGCUCAAUAAAAUCCACAAGCGAGACCGGGGCCAAAAAAGGCGAAACAGCAGUGGCAUACCAAAUGGAAAAAUACCUUCAGAAAAUCCAGUACAAGAUUUUACUUUGAAGGAAAAAGAUUUUGAGUUUUCUGAAUCAGAAGAAAAUAACGAUUAUGAAACUUUGCAUCUAGGCAAAGGAGUUGAUUUCCUGGCUAAUGUAACGAAGCAAAAUUUCACAGAUGCUCCUACUGGAAUUGAUAACCCAGUAUUUUCAGUCGACGAUGAUCAAAGCAUCUACAUGAAGUUUUCACCAUGGUUAUCUAGUGAAGAUACUGUGGUACCAUCACAAAGGGCCCGAGUGCAGAUCCCAUAUUCUCCAAACAACUUCAGACGGCUCACUCCAUUCCGGCUCAGCAAUAAAUCAAUAGAUUCCUUCCUGCUAGCAGAUGGCCCAGAGGACCGACCCAGAUCUUUUCUCCCAGAGUCAACACAUAUGUGAUAUGGACCAUGAUGUUGAAAUGACAGAAUACUCCUCUUCAGAUGACCAACUAAACCAAAACCAAAAUAUUUCGGUGACUCCCCUC